GGAGGAGCCGCCAAACGGGCGCUUUCCGUUCUGAAAUGGGCGGGAGGAAAAGAGAGGCGGGGCGCCGGACAAAGACGCGCGGCAGCGGCGGCGCGCACGCGCACUUCCCCCUCCAGGCGUUCUCAGUCUUAAGAGUUGUGAAGAUCAGGGGAGGGGCGUUCCUAUCCUAGGUCCCGCCUACGCGUCAAUCGUCAGGGUCGGGUGGGCGGAGCCGUGCGAGCAGAGGCUCUCCGGCCAGCUUGCGUCACUUAUCCCGCCCCCUUUUGUGACGCCGCUGCUGCUUUUGAUCUUCUGGCGCCCGCCCGCGCUACAGCGGAAGAGAAGGGAGCGGCGGAACGCGAACGUGCCGACGUCGCAGCAGCAGCAGCAGCAGCAGCAGCCGCUAGCGCUAGAAGAGAACGGAGGAGUGACAGAAGCCGGCUUGCGGGUGAGCGUUGCCGCGGAGAGGCUUCAGAAUGGGAAUGGCCCUCCCUCCUCCUCCUCCUCCCCACUGUGGCGUCAUUGGUCCAGCUCGCGCGCGGCGCCCGGCGAAAGUCACGUGAGGCGGUAUUAGCCGUUUGAAGGAGGAAUGGCGCUCGCGCGCGAGGGGGAGGGGACGGGAACGGUCCUGUUUAACGGUCUCAAAUCACCACCACCACCCCGGGCCAGACUUGUGGUGCUUCACAUUAUUAUUAUUCUCAGAGCGGUUCACAACAUAAAAAUGCCCUAGGAAAAAUCCCACACAAAAUAAUAAAAACAAACCAAUAACCACUCCCACAACACAUUUGAAAGGGUUGUGCUUCCAUUAAUACUCGUGAGAGCAGCACCGUUAUGAAGUCCGCCAAAAUGCCACAGCAUAUCCCGCAAGGUUUCGGGUUCUCCAGAGCUCCUCGUCAGGCUGGAGGGUAAACAAAUAUGGGGUGAAGUGGGUGGAGCAGCGUGCAUGUUUAUUGUGAAGGAGGUGAGGACAGGUGCCCCACCUAGGCCCGAAGUCACCCUAAGCCUCAAACUGUCCCAAAUUCCCUUUCUCUCUUCUAAAAUAGCUUUUCUCUGCUCUUCUCUGCUUUCUCACAAGAUGCUGUUGCAUCGGCAAAAUGUUACUUUUGUCAGUACGAGAGAGCUUCAAAAAGGCGAAUGAAUAGGCUCUGUCAAUGCCAAGCAUAAAGCAAGCCUGGGAACUGAGUCUUAUCUCACUCUAGUUGCAACACAUCUUGGACACUGGACCGCAAGGCUCCUCAACCCCCUUGGCUCCUCAUCCCCCUUUCCUGGGAAGGGCGCCAAGAGUCCCAAAGACAGGAGCUUUCUGUUCAUGCUCAGGAAACUCAUCAUGGGGCAGGGCUCCUGAGGAGGAGGGGAAAGGGGAGGGAACUGGAGGGGAAUAUAUGCUCUGUUCAAAGGGCUGUGAACUUGUGCUUGUUUGUGAAAUUAUCACACUAGCUCCUUCUACCAAGCCUGGAUGGUAGAAAUAAAGCUUUUUCUCUGAAAAUUGUCCCUUGAGUGUCUGUUUGAUUCCCAUUUCCCUGUCCCGGGCACAGUUCUCUUCCCACCCGAGGGCAAAACCUGAAAAGGCUACAAUUGUAGACUCUGGUGCUGCUUGUGUGUGGCAAGGUGUGUUUUUUUGGUAGCAUCCCCCCCCCCCCCCAUUUUGUUGAAUGGUCUCUAUUAUUUUUUCCAAAUUUUUAUUAUUAAUUUUCCAAAAGAUUUUUCAAACAAACAAACAUAAAUCUCAGCUGUAUUUAAACCAAUCUUAGUAACAUUGUUAAGUGACUUCCUCGUAUCCCCCUGGUUGAAUUUCAGUGUAUAUCAUUUUAACAGUUUUCCAAAACCAAUAUUCUUCUAACAUGAACUUCAUUACUUAUCAUCUUUCUUUCUUUCAAAUUUGGCUUUAAACAUAUUAAUUCAUCACAUUACAUAUUUAAAUCCUAAGCCUAUCUGAUAUUUGCAAGUUUGGGUACUGUGACCAAGAAGGUUCUGCUAUGAUAUUGUGGCACCAGCCACAGUGGAACUAUCAGCAAGAACUCCCCAGCAGAUCUCAGACUAUUGACUGGUAGACUAAAUCCGACCCACAAAGCAAUAUUGACCAUCAUUUCCUUCAUAAAAGAAAAAUGAUUUCAAAAGUUACAUAUCUAUGAGGGGGAGAGAGGUUCCAGACUAUUACAACUCUGGGGUUUUCUUUAUAUAAUGCCCUGGAUCAGGUAAAAAGUGUUAUUAGUUUAUAUAUGGAUCAGCAAAUCAGCAGGAAUGUGUUGAAUAAAAUACUUAUUUUAAGCUUUGGAAGUUGAGGUCGACUGAUAAAAACUUGAUUGUUUUGUAUCAUUAUCACAUAGCCUUCCAGAGUAAGCGGCAUUAUAUAUAUUACUGUCAAGAAAAGAAAACCAUGUCUGGUUCAAGUGACUUCAGCGACCCAGUUUACAAAGAGAUUUCUCUGACGAAUGGCCAUAUCAACAGAAUGAGCCGAGAUGAACUUAGAGCUAAACUUGCUGAAUUCAAGCUUGACACCAGGUAAGCAUUUGUCAGGUGUUUGUCUUUUUUGAGGAUACAUAUGCAUUUCUGAUUUCAUAUGUAAGUAAUAAUAAUAAUUUUAUUAUUCAUAUGACGUUCAUCUGACUGGGUUGCCCUAGUCCUAGCCAAUGUGGGUGGCUUCUAACAAAAUACAGUCGGACCUCUGCUCCCGAACGCCUUGGGAGUUGAACGUUCUGGCUCCCAAACAAUCGAAAUCCGGAAGUGAGUGUUUCGGUUUUCAAACGUUCUUUUGGAAGCCGAACAUCUGAUGGGGUUUCCUAUUGGCUGUAGGAGCUUCCUGCAGCCAAUCAGAAGCCGCGCUUUGGUUUCCAAACAUUUCAGAAGUUGAAUGGACUUCCAGAACGGAUUCCAUUCGACUUCCGAGGUACGACUGUAUUUAAAAACAAAACGAAACAUCAACCAUUAAAAACUACCCUGAGCAGGGCUGGAAUGGUCACCUAUUAUGCAUCCCUAUUCCCACAAGCUUUUUACAGCCUGAAGAGUAAGUGAAACUAGAGGGAAAGUUUGUCAUUUGUUAGUUAUUUAGAGUACAUUAUAAAUGGAAUGGAACUGAAGACUUGUGGAGAAACUGAGGAUUUGAUAGUUACAGCUGCUACUGGUAAUGUAAUUUCUAAACACAUGACUUGUUGCAUAAUUUGUAAUUCUAGAGUUUGCAAUAUAAGUUAUAAGUCUGUAUAUUCUUCAGUUAUACAGCAAAAGGAACAUGUAAGAGAAUUUCCAUAUAGCCUUCCUGAAAGGUUAACCUGGUAAGAAAAGGGAAUUGAAGGGAGAAUGACAGCUAGGAAGAAACUCAAUAGGAUGGUUUGGAUGUAAUUAUAAACAGUUUACCGUUGUGGGCACAAGUCUCAGAAUUGCAUGCUCCUCCGCUAUACUACCCAUGCUAGCUGGAGCUGAUGGGGGCUGUCCAAAGGAUUUGGAGGGCACUAGGAUGGGAUUGGUGGUUUAGCAUUAUAGCGAAACCCUAAAUUGGUUAAUGAGCUAUGAUUAGCUGAAAUAAACUUCUUAGCUGUGUACAUAAUUGGUACUAUUCCUGUUUUGCGAUUAAUUCCUGUCCUAUCAUCUAUCUAUCACUGCAGCUUGGCUGGAUAUGCUUAAGCUUAUAUGAAGCAUGAAUCAAAUGAUUGUUAUUUUUUUAAGUGUUUCCAUUUCACUGCUGACUUCCUUUGUAAAGAACUGGGGUAACUCUGAAUAAGGUGGUCUUUCCAUUUUCGAAGACUUGCGAUUUUUCUGAUUCUUCUAGAGAGAUUUUUGGACUUGCUUUAAGGUGGUUAUUCCUUUCUCAAGAGAAGACUGUACUGUAGGAGCAACUGCUUUGUGUGGCCUGUGGAUCAGAACAGCUCAUUGUAAUACCUUUUAGGCAUUGGCAUUUACAAGAGGCAGGGCUAAAGUUUGCAGAGGGAGCCAACCAACAAAUAGACCAUGAGAUUUCUACACUUUGUAUUCUACAAAUACCAUGGCAUUUCUACACUCAGCACUUUGCUGAAUAAACCUUAGGUGAUGGUCAAGCAAUGAUAUAUUUUUUUCCUUUGGCAGAGGAGUGAAAGAUGUUUUGAAAAAGAGACUGAAAAACUACUAUAAGAAAGAAAAGUUAAUGCAAAACCAGACUAUGAAUGCAGAUAAUUACUACGAUUACAUCUGUGUUAUUGACUUUGAAGCAACAUGUGAAGAAGGAAAUCCUCCUGAAUCUACACAUGAAAUCAUUGAAUUUCCUAUUGUCUUGUUAAACACUCGGACAUUAGAAAUUGUAAGUGACCCUGUUUCUUCUUACUUUUUUAUGGGUAGCAAACAUUAGAUACAGUGUGUUUUGUAAAGGAGAAUUUGGGCAAUACAGUGGUACCUCUGGUUACAGACGGGAUCUGUUCCGGAGGCCCGGCCGUAUCCCCAAAACUCCGUAACCGGAGGCGCCCUUCUGGGCACGUGCGCGGCGCAAUUGAGCAUUUCAGCACACACACGUGACGUGCAGAUCGCUUCUGCGUGUAGAUCACUUCUGCGCAUGUGCGUGUGGCAAAACAGAAAGUAUACACUUCUGGGUUUGCCGCAUUCGCAACCCGAAGAGUACGUAUCCAGAGGGAUAACCCGAGGUACCACUGUAUAUCCUUUUCUUACAGAUAUUGUUUAACCUCUUAAAAAUAACUUUUAGUUUUUGUUCAGCUUUCAGUUUAAAAGCUUUUUACAGGAAUUUAAAAGUAAUCACAUGUUUGUUCCUGCAACAAAGGUAACUAGAACCUUCAGGGUUUUUUUGUGGAAAAGCAGCCAGCAAGAAAAAUGUUAAGUUAUUACACUGCCACUCCUAUAUUAAAAACUGCAGCAUCCUGCUUUUCAUUUUUCAAAGAUCUGUUGAGCUUCAUUACACAUAUGUAAGUUUGUCCUCAAUAGUGCAAAAAAUCACAUCUGUACAAGUGUUCAGUGGCUCUGAUGAUGUGUCCAUAGUUCUUUAACAGCUACUGUAUGUUAAAAAGGUCUCAGCACUACAUAUCAGCCGGCAAAGAUACCCAAAGUGGAGGCUGUUGAGAAUGUCCCUGUCCAUAAGAAAAUGGGUGUCAGGUUUUCUCUUUCAUAAAAUGUUGCCAUUUCACUGCUUGUGUUCAAAUAUAAAAAAGCUUGGAUGUUGACUGCUUGCAUGCUAGUUAAUACCUUAAUUAUUACUCUUUUCUUCUAAAACAUUAUACAUUUUCUGUGAUUCUUUUGCAUUGUUGCCAAGUGAACUAUGUUUUAAUAUUAUAGGAGGACACAUUUCAACAGUAUGUGAAACCAGAGAUUAAUCCUCAGCUUUCAGAAUUCUGCAUUAAUUUGACAGGAAUUUCUCAGGUAACAUUCUCUGCAGCUGACCACAGUUAUGAGUGUAAAUGAAGCAAGUGCUUGUUAUAAUAGUCUUGGCUCCUAGUUCCAAGCAUAUUUAUUGGGUAUGUUGAUGAUUAAUUAAGUGUGCUUAGGACAACAAUAUCCCCCUUCCUUUCCUGUUUCCAGAUUAACAUUUCGAAAAUCAAUAUUUCAAGUACAUUAAUUAUGUGUCCAUGAUUUUCAGCCUGUGUUCUUAGGAUUCCUAAAGCUCCUUCAGGUCCUUAUCAGGGUUUUCUCAAUAAGAUCGUUGAUGGAAGAUAGGAUUCCCUAAAAGGUAGCUUGAAUGAUAUUGUAUCAUUCUGAAUUUUCCCACACAAUGUGCUGGAAACUGUCCCUGGAUGGUGUUCAGAAUAUUCUAGACUGCGCCUCAAAGUAAGAGUUAAUCAGCAGGUGUAUAAUGGUUUCUAUGCAGACAGAGGUUUAAAAGAAAGUUAAAGAGCAUUGUUCUGUGAGAUAAAAAGGGAAAUGUAUUGCUCCAGCUAUAAGGUAUAUUCAGAUUGUGCUACUAUUUUAAAUUCUAUGGGGAUUAUGUUGAUGGAUUGAUUUAAAGUUUGUUUUUCCAGUAUAAGUGUUAGGAAUGCAGCUCCAUCUAAUGUUGUCAGUCUGUUGUGCAGGGAGUGGUUGAAAGUAGUUACUAUCCACUGAAUGCAAUAGAAAACAAUAAUGUUUUUAGUUACGUUUUGUAUUUUGGAAAUCUGUUGUAGACUUGCUAGCAAGCUUUUAAAGAUUUAUCCCAAUUUGUGUUAAUCUUGCUUUUCACAGUUUCUUGCACAAUGUUUUUUUAGAUCAUACCUUGUACAAUAUUUUUAUUUUUGCUCAUUGCUGUUGUUACAUAUUUUCAGGACCUUGUAGAUAAAGCAGAUGAAUUUCCAAAGGUUCUGCAACAUGCUGUGGACUGGAUGAAACAGAAAGAACUGGGAAGCAAAUAUAGCUAUUCCAUAUUAACUGAUGGGUAUGUAUUCAGUUGCUUAAAAAUAAUAUUUUUAACAUUGCAAAACCAUUAAUUUCCAAUCAAGAAACAUAUAUUGUAAAAAUUAAGCCAAAUUGAUAAUCUUAACUCUGUGCUAUUGUUUUAUGUUGCAUCUUUGGAAUUAUUCAGGUAACUGAAGCUGUUUUUGCAUUUUUAUCUGAAUAGCAUGUCAUGAUGAAUAGUUCUGUAAAAGGACUUCCAAACAAAGUUGAAUUCAGUGGGGAUAAUAUGUGUAACUAUUUCAAGCAUGUUAGUAUUCAUAUGUAAGUAUUUAAUCCAAGUGGUUCUUACAGCUAGUGUGCUGGUCGCAACCAUGCUCCAUUAUGUUCCUAUCCAUAUCCAGAAUUAUGUUCCUACCCAUAAUUAGUAUAGCAAAAACACAAAAAAACUCUUCUGCAUAAAAGUUGCAAUUUUGCUAUUUGAGUCCUACCUCUUUAAUUCUAGCAAGACUGAUUCUAUAUAAAGUAAUGUCAAACACCAUUGCACAGUUACAAAAACAAAGUUAGUUAAUACAGUGACAGAAAUUUUAAAAAUCCAGCAGAGUCACAUAAAACAUCAGCGCAUAAAUGCAAUUUUUAUCUCGCUGUUAAAUUAAAAGAUCAGGCAAAUAGAACUGGUUUUACCUGGCCUCAAAACUCGUUGGUUAAAAGGAGUUUUGCCAGUGCAAGGAUUUAUCCUUGUGCAGUGGAAUACUCUCCUCCUCUCCUCCCUGCAUACCCACUAAAUCUGUUCUAGGGGUUUCCCCAACCUUCUAUAAAAGGAAAGGGGAGAAGACCGGUUGCCACCUGUCCAGCCUCUGAAGGUGCCCAGAAGAUGACCUCCAAAGUUCAUGUAAUCAGACACACAGGGGAGAUCCUCAUGUGUUGGUCCUAUUAGCAUGAAAGGGACACCUAACUCACUCUUAAGAUACUAUGCAUAUUUUUUCUUUUUUUAAAGAUCUUGGGAUAUGAGUAAAUUUUUGAAUAUCCAGUGUCGCAUUAGCCGUCUGAAAUAUCCUUCUUUUGCUAAGAAGUGGAUCAAUAUUCGCAAAUCCUAUGGGAACUUCUACAAGGUUUGUGUCUCUGUCACUUACAUUGCCUGAAACUCAAUGCUAGGUAUUUAAAAUUUAAGUAUAUUGUAGACUUAUAUUAUCAAUAUGAUCUGACAUACAUCAUUUUUUGUUCAGAGAAUUUGUUUAAGUUUGUUUAAAAGAGGGAGCAUUCCUUGCUAGUUUUUUGUUUUUGUUUUGCUGUUACAGUUAUCCCUGUAGGGAUAACUUGUUUCCUGUAAUGAUGAUGAUUUGUGUUUUCAAUAUUUAUUUUUUCCUCUCUGCAAAAACAAAAAUAUGCCUUUUUCAGUAUUAUAGCUAGGAAGCAUUUUAUGUUCUUAAGCUCUAAAUGUAAGUUUAUUACUUUCUCAGAAAAUAAGUGUUGCAUAUAUUUCAAAUCCCCCCCCCCCCAAAAAACCCCCACAUUUCUAUCUCCAUGGCUUCAAAAUUUGUGGGAAUGUAUACAUCAAGUCCUAGCUGGCUAGAACUCAGUUUAAUCAAAGCUCUGUUCCAGGUGAGGUAUACCUCUGGCCAAACCGUUAGCAAACGGCAACCCAGCCUGUAACUGUUGCCUACUGUGCCUUUAGCUCUUCUAAAUUGGUUGAGAAGGGUAUAAUCUUCGUUAUUUUGGGUUGUAUUGAUAUUUGUCAUACCCAGAGUAGACCCAUUGAAAUGAAUGCAUAUGGCUGAUUUAGGCCUAUUAUCUUCAGUUGGUCUACUAUCAAUAGAAUUUAGUUGCAUAUAACCCUUUGUUUGUUUGUAUUGUGGCAUUAGGCAACUGAACAAUUUAAUAACAACAACAAUAAUAAUGUAGGUGGGUGUAUACAUAUUGGUUCUCUUUCCUACCUCCUCCUGCUUUAGUAUCUUUUAUUUUCUUUAUCAGGUUCCAAGAAGCCAAAUUAGACUUUCAACCAUGCUUGAAAAGCUGGGAAUGGACUAUGAUGGACGGCCUCACAGUGGGCUUGAUGACUCUAAGAACAUUGCACGCAUAGCAAUACGUAUGCUUCAAGAUGGUUGUGAGCUUCGGGUGAAUGAAAGAUUGCAUGGUGGGCUGUUACUGACUGUCUCCUCCACUGUCCCAAUAGAGGGAGCUCCUGUACCACUAAUGCCAAGUUUACGAUAAAAAUUAAACAUUGAGUUACAUUACGUUGAGGACCAUACCCAAGAACGCUAGGACUUCAAAAGACUUCCAAGGAGCUUAAAAACUGGUAUCUGUUUCCCAGUUUAACAACUCACUGGAAUUUAAAAUUUGUCACAAAACCACUGGUGUUAAUGUUGGGUUGUUUUUAUGGCCGCCUCGGUUCGUUGUGCUAGGUUUGGUAUAAAAUAUCCAGGUAGUUAAGAUGGCUUUCUGUAAAAUGUAAAGUCAAAACUAGAAGCAUAGAAUUGAGUCCACAGGUGUAAUACCGUUCUUUUCUCCUUCAAUAUGAAAUAGGUAAUUGCAACACUGUUGAACAACACCAUUGAAUGUGCUGUAUCUCUUUUGUAGCAUACAAGGGUCUGCUUGACUUUGUGAAACAGUGGCCAAAUUGACUUUACCUUCUGCUCAUAUUUCAUAACUUACCUGUUACUUUUUGCAAGUCUUUCUCCAGGAGAGGGAGAUUCAGUUUUUAAGUUUGCCUGGCUUUAGCCCAACUAAUAGCAAUUUCAUACAGUAAUAACAAACGUUUUUCUUUUUCGUAUUCAGAAAUGUUUAGGCCUUUAAUUGCCCAAAAUUAAGCACUUUUUAGACACCUUAAAUUGUUGACUUUAGCAUGUGCUUUAUGCUCUCCCAUUUAAAUAAGUGGAACUAGAAAGGGCUUGAUUUUGGCUGGAAUGGGUUUCUGUUUAUUUUUCUUCCUUCCAUUAUGAAUCAAAUAGUUUGGUUUGAUUACUCAACCACUCUACCUCUGUUGUAAAAGGAUCAGUGGAGAAGCUUAUUUCCACAAUAUUUUAAUAAGAUCUGGAUUUGAUGUCAUUAUUGCAUAAGUUUAUUUCUAUGACCAAAGACAAACUCUUACAUAUAUAACUAUGCCAAACAGCCUGCAAAGUGUAUAAAGCUUUGUUUUGAUGUUGACAUAAUAAAUUCAAGUCAAGUUUCUAUUGGUACAUAAAAUAUUACAUAAAAGUGCACAUGUUUUUU